UUUCCUUUAAUAUGUGUUAGUGUUACAUAAAGGUCACCUCAAGGCUGAAAGGGUGAUGGAGGUGGAUAUCGCCGACGACGUCCCAUGUUCUUCCAUCGCCGUCGAUUCCGUUAUUCGAAUGGGCACCGCUGGCUUGAUCUGGGGCUCCUGUUCUGGUCCUUACGACGCCAACAAAUUAGGUCUUUCUGGCAUUCAUAGAGCUUCUUUUAUUGCUAAGUCAGUUGGUCGGCUUGGCUUUCAGUGGGGAAUGUUUGCUGCUAUAUUUUCUUCCACUCGGUGUGGGUUUCAGAGAUAUAGAAGACGAAAUGAUUGGGUUAAUGUUUUGACUGCUGGUGUUGUAGCAGGGGCUGCUUUUGGUGCAGGUACCCGAAACUGGAAGCAGGUUGCUGGAGCAACAGGUCUCGUGUGUCUCUUAUGUCAUGUUGCUGAGGACUCCCGAUAAACUUUGGCUUUGAUUUGUUGAGAAGGAACUAAAAUAGUCUGCAGUAGGGAAUUGGACACACUCCAAACUGCUAAUAAUUUCAUGUUGACUAAGGAGCGUGGCAUAGCAGCAUGCUUCACCGAAUGGGAGACAUAAUUCAGUUAAUUGAAGUUGAUACAAGAUUUAUGAUGUUGAUUUGUUGGCCAUUAGUUUAUCUGUUGGGGGAAAUAAACCUAACAUAUGAAUUACGAGGCGUUUUCUCUAGUGCACAGUUGCUUGGUGUUGAUUAUAGGUUGAUUGGUUGAACUACAGUUGCGUUGUUGGGAGUAAAUUCUAGAUAUUGUGGAAUCUCUUUUAAAAACUUUUACUCCUAAUCUCAAUUUCUGGAAUGAUUGUCUAAUUUCUUUA